AUGGACAGAAGAUUGCUCAUUAUUGGUACACCAGGUGUGCCCCCUUCAGGUAGCUCUCUGUUCAUCACGGACGAUACUCCCAAGCCACUUGUUUGGGAGGACUCCGUUUUCCUCGCAUUGGAGUCCGAAAGAAGACACGUUUGGCCCAAUGCGCUGAUUAACUGGGUUUUGCAAGACAGAUGGACAGCGGGCUCCACUACCGCCCUAUGCUAG